CACUAAUAUACCCGGAUGCAUUUAGGUGGAACACAUGCCACUUGUCAAAACGAAAAAUCCCACCAGUGCUCUGCUCCUGGAAUGGAUGAAAAACUUCGCCUUUGUGAUGAGUUUGCUAAAAUUACAGACAGUGAUAGCACUGUAGCUCGAUGCUACCUGGCUGAAAACGAAUGGGAGAUGGAGAAAGCUCUGAACUCCUUCUUCGAAACCAAUAUGGAGAAAGUGUUUGAAAUAGAAGAUUCGCCAGUGAAAGUUAAAGGCCGAGCGGUCAAGAGGAAGACAACUGCACACAGUUCACCGGGGGGCUGUAUAGACCUGACUACGGAUGAGCCAGGAUGUUCAUCAAGUCCUGCCGAUGCGGGCAAAACCACCGACGCCACAGAAGAGGAGAAUAAGCUGUCACUGGUCUCUUGGAAUGUGGAUGGGCUGGACACAGAUAACCUGCAAGACCGUGCAAGAGGCCUCUGCUCCUACCUAGUCUUAUACACUCCUGAUGUGGUAUUUCUCCAGGAACUCAUUCCUCCCUACGUCGAGUACUUGAAGAAGCGAGCCGUAAGCUACACACUCAUUGAAGGUGGGGAGGAGGGCUAUUUCACUGGGAUGAUGCUGAAGAAGAGUCGUGUCAAGCUGCUGGGGUCUCAGAUAGUUCCCUACACCACCACCCAGAUGAUGAGGAAUCUGCUCUUGGUUCAGGUGACGUUCCAGGGCCAGGAGCUGAGCCUCAUGACCUCCCACCUGGAGAGCUGCAAGGCCCAGGCUGGGGAGCGCAUGAAGCAGCUGAAGCUGAUCAUGCAGAAGAUAAGUGAGGCGCCCAACGACGUCACCGUCCUCUUCGGGGGGGACACGAACCUGCGAGACGCAGAGGUGGCUAAGGUGGGCCUGUCCAGCGGCGUGAUAGACGUGUGGGAGAAGCUGGGCAGGCAGGAGCACUGCCGCUACACCUGGGACACCAAGGCCAACAGCAACAAGAAGGUGCCCUACGUCAGCCGCUGCCGCUUCGACCGCGUCUACCUGCGUCCGGCCAGCAGGGAGGGCGUGCCGCGCCUGCUGCCCGACCACAUGGCCCUGCUGGGGCUGGAGAAGCUGGACUGCGGCCGCUACACGUCCGACCACUGGGGAGUCUACUGCAGCUUCUCCGCCGCUGUUUAGCCACAGAUUCAAUCCCCCCCCCCCC